AUGUCUGAAGCAACUAACCUGCUGCGCCGGCCAGCAGCGUCGCCAAGCAACUACUCUCCGGCAGAAGGACACGCCGAGACCGAUGCGCUUCUCAGCGCCGACAUCGAUGCAACCGUCGACUCCGAGCAAGCACCAACAUCGGCAUCGAUCGGUGGCCGGAAAGAUAGCUGGGAUGGCGGAGAGGACUUUGCAGGCCUGCCUUGGACGCAAAGGCCGUCCAUCUACUGGCUCAUUGGCCCCUACGCAUUGUUCACGCUGGCGUUUGGUGGCUCGUUGGUACCGAAGCUGAAUCUGAUUAUAGAUUUGGUCUGUCGCCAAUAUUUUGCCGAUCGCCAGCACGAGGGCUUCCAUGUGCUGCCCGUCGUGCCUGGCGCCAACAACCCGCAGUGCCAGAUUGCCGAGGUGCAGCGGAAUGUUGCCACUUUCACGCUCGUCCUCAGCGUCAUCGUCGGCUCGCUGAGCGCCUUCACGGCGCCUCGUCUCGGCGCUGCAUCCGACCGCUACGGCCGCAAAGCCAUCAUGGUAAUUUCAUCGUCCGGCGGGCUCGUGGGCGAGGUCAUCACUAUCCUGGCGGCCAACUACCCCGACAUCAUUCACUACAACUGGCUGAUUCUGGCUUCGGUGAUUGACGGCUUUGCGGGCUCGUUUACCGCCGGCAGUGUUGUCAGCCACUCCUACACCAGCGACUGCACGCCGCCUUCCAAGCGCGCCGUGUCCUUCGGCUACAUGCACGCCUGCCUCUUCUCUGGCCUGGCAUUCGGCCCCUUGCUUGCGGGCUUCUUGGUGGAAUGGACAGGGUCGCUGCUGUCCAUUUUCUAUGUCACGCUAUGCUGCCAUGCCGUUUUCAUCCUCUACAUCAUUUUCAUCCUUCCCGAGUCUCUGUCGCCGCGCCGUCAGAGCAUCGCUCGUGAGAAGUACGCCAAGGAGCAGGAGCUGCACGCGAUUCAAAAUCGUGAAUUUGAUUUGGCACAUGAAGCGGCGGCGGCGUCUGGGCGUAAGACGUGGCUGCCGGCCUAUGCCCGGAAAACUAUCCUCCGCGUGCGGCGGUCCAACCCGCUGGCUCCUCUCGCGAUUUUGUUUCCCAACGGCGCCCACCAAAGACGCGCGCGGCGGAACCUGCUUGUCUUGGCCACCAUCGACACACUGCUUCUCGCAGCCGCAAUGAGCUUGGGCGGCGUCACCCUCCUGUACACCGAGUUCAUGUUCCACUGGGGCAACUUUGAGACGUCCGCCUUCAUCUCCCUCGUGUCCAUGGUGCGCGUUGUCGUGCUCAUGGGCAUCUUCCCCGUCAUCAACUACUUUUUCCGUGUGCGCCCCGCUGCGCGCCAGCGGCGGAUCUCGGGCGAGGCGCCGAGUGAGGCCAACAGAGGCGCCGAUCGUCUGGACAUUUUCCUCAUUCGCAGUGCCAUCUUCUCGGACGUGCUCGGUGUGGCCGGUUAUAUCUUUGCACGGAAGCCAGCCGUGUUUGUUCUAUGCGGCAUUGUGACGGCCUUUGGCGGCCUGGGAUCUGCAACGAUCCAGUCCUCGCUCACCAAGCAUGUUUCUCCCGACCGGGUUGGCCAGCUCCUCGGCGCCAUCGGCCUCCUCCACGCACUCUCACGCGUCUUCGCCCCUAUGAUUUUCAACGGCCUGUAUGCCGCGACGGUCGGCAGCUACCCGCAGGCUGUGUUUGUACUGGUGACCGGUGUCUUCUCUUUUGUCUUCCUCCUGGCCUUCCUCGUCCGACCACACGUCUUUUUGGAUGACUCUAUCCACAACGAAGAGGAGGCACCGGUUUCUUCGCGUCGCGCCGUUGCUGCGCAAAAUGACGUUCUGGGGGAUGAUGAGGUCGUGCAGCAAUUCUAA